AAGGUGUUACCGUUGUUGAAGAGGUUAAGAAGCACGCUGAUGUCAUUGUUGUUGAGGACGUCAAGAAGCAAACCGAUGUUGUCGUCGAAGAGAAGCUUUCUACUGAAGUUAUCGAGACUGUCGAACACAUUGAAGUUGUUACUGACAAGACCAACACUUGGUUUGGCGAUUUAGUUGAGAAGGUCAAUGGCAUGAUUGAAGUUGGUGAAACUCCCGAAGCCGUUGAUGCUGUCAUUGUCGAAGAAAAGGCCAAGCUCCAAGUUGUUCUUGAUAAGUCCAAGAAGGAAUUGCCUGUCUCUGAAACCAAGGAUACUACCACUGAAACCACUGAUUCCAUUGCUUUCUAUGAUAAGCUCCAAGUCUCUAUCGAAACUCAAGUUGAAGAGGUUAAGAAGACUGUCAAGGAUAGCUAUGCUCCUGAAUCCGAGGUCACCAAGAUUGAUGUCCACACUGUCAAGGAAGACUUCAAGAAGGCCGUCGAGGUUGAACUUGUUGAAGCCAAGACUGUUGUCUACAAGGAUGCUGGUGUCAGCGAGUCUGAGGUUACUGUCAUUGCUACCAAGCCUAUUGAGCAUGUCAAGCAUGAGACUGUCAAUGUCUGUAAGCCUACUAAGCCUACAACCAAGGACAUUACUGUCGUUGUUACCAAGCCUGUCACCAAGGACACUACUGUCAUUGUUACCAAGCCUGUUGAAAGUGUUACCGUUGUUGAAGAAGUUAAGAAGCACGCCGAUGUCAUCAUUGUUGAAGAUGUCAAGAAGCAAACCGAUGUUGUCGUUGAAGAGAAGCUUUCUACUGAAGUUAUCGAGACUGUUGAACACAUCGAGGUUGUCACUGACAAGACCAAGACCUGGUUCGGUAAGUUAGUUGAGAAGGUGAAUGGCAUGAUUGAAGUUGGUGAAACUCCCGAAGCCGUUGAUGCUGUCAUUGUUGAAGAAAAGGCCAAGCUCCAAAUUGUUCUUGAUAAGUCCAAGAAGGAAUUGCCUGUCUCUGAAACCAAGGAUACUACCACUGAAACCACUGAUUCUAUUGCUUUCUAUGACAAGCUCCAAGUCUCUAUCGAAACUCAAGUCGAAGAGGUUAAGAAGACUGUCAAGGAUAGCUAUGCUCCUGAAUCCGAGGUCACCAAGAUUGAUGUCCACACUGUCAAGGAAGACUUCAAGAAGGCCGUCGAGGUUGAACUUGUUGAAGCCAAGACUGUUGUCUACAAGGAUGCUGGUGUCAGCGAGUCUGAGGUUACUGUCAUUGCUACCAAGCCUAUUGAGCACGUCAAGCACGAGACAGUUAAUGUCUGUAAGCCUACCAAGCCUGUCACCAAGGACACUACUGUCAUUGUUACCAAGCCCGUUGAAGGUGUUACCGUUGUUGAAGAAGUUAAGAAGCACGCCGAUGUCAUCAUUGUUGAAGAUGUCAAGAAGCAAACUGAUGUUGUCGUCGAAGAGAAGCUUUCUACUGAAGUUAUCGAGACUGUUGAACACAUCGAGGUUGUCACUGACAAGACCAACACUUGGUUUGGUGAUUUAGUUGAGAAGGUUAAUGGCAUGAUUGAAGUUGGUGAAACUCCCGAAGCCGUUGAUGCUGUCAUUGUUGAAGAAAAGGCCAAGCUCCAAGUUGUUCUUGAUAAGUCCAAGAAGGAAUUGCCUGUCUCUGAAACCAAGGAUACUACCACUGAAACCACUGAUUCUAUUGCUUUCUAUGACAAGCUCCAAGUCUCUAUCGAAACUCAAGUCGAAGAGGUUAAGAAGACUGUCAAGGAUAGCUAUGCUCCUGAAUCCGAAGUCACCAAGAUUGAUGUUCAUACUGUCAAGGAAGACUUCAAGAAGGCUGUCGAGGUUGAACUUGUUGAAGCCAAGACUGUUGUCUACAAGGAUGCUGGUGUUACUGAGUCUGAGGUUACUGUCAUUGCUACCAAGCCUAUUGAACAUGUCAAGCACGAGACAGUCAAUGUCUGUAAGCCUACUAAGCCUACAACCAAGGACACUACUGUCAUUGUUACCAAGCCUGUCACCAAGGACACUACUGUCAUUGUUGCUAAGCCUGUUGAAGGUGUUACGGUUGUUGAAGAGGUUGAGAAACACGCCGAUGUCAUCAUUGUUGAAGAUGUCAAGAAGCAAACUGAUGUUGUCGUCGAAGAGAAGCUUUCUACUGAAGUUAUCGAGACUGUUGAACACAUCGAGGUUGUCACUGACAAGACCAACACCUGGUUCGGUAAGUUAGUUGAGAAGGUCAAUGGCAUGAUUGAAGUUGGUGAAACUCCCGAAGCCGUUGAUGCUGUCAUUGUUGAAGAAAAGGCCAAGCUCCAAGUUGUUCUUGAUAAAUCCAAGAAGGAAUUGCCUGUCUCUGAAACCAAGGAUACUACCACUGAAACCACUGAUUCUAUUGCUUUCUAUGAUAAGCUCCAAGUCUCUAUCGAAACUCAAGUCGAAGAGGUUAAGAAGACUGUCAAGGAUAGCUAUGCUCCUGAAUCCGAAGUCACCAAGAUUGAUGUUCACACUGUCAAGGAAGACUUCAAGAAGGCUGUCGAGGUUGAACUUGUUGAAGCCAAGACUGUUGUCUACAAGGAUGCUGGUGUUACUGAGUCUGAGGUUACUGUCAUUGCUACCAAGCCUAUUGAGCAUGUCAAGCACGAGACAGUCAAUGUCUGUAAGCCUACCAAGCCUACCACCAAGGACACUACUGUCAUUGUUACCAAGCCCGUUGAAGGUGUUACCGUUGUUGAAGAAGUUAAGAAGCACGCCGAUGUCAUCAUUGUUGAAGAUGUCAAGAAGCAAACCGAUGUUGUCGUUGAAGAGAAGCUUUCUACUGAAGUUAUCGAGACUGUUGAACACAUCGAGGUUGUCACUGACAAGACCAACACCUGGUUCGGUAAGUUAGUUGAGAAGGUGAAUGGCAUGAUUGAAGUUGGUGAGACUCCCGAAGCCGUUGAUGCUGUCAUUGUUGAAGAAAAGGCCAAGCUCCAAGUUGUUCUUGAUAAAUCCAAGAAGGAAUUGCCUGUCUCUGAAACCAAGGAUACUACCACUGAAACCACUGAUUCUAUUGCUUUCUAUGACAAGCUCCAAGUCUCUAUCGAAACUCAAGUCGAAGAGGUUAAAAAGACUGUCAAGGAUAGCUAUGCUCCUGAAUCCGAAGUAACCAAGAUUGAUGUCCACACUGUCAAGGAAGACUUCAAGAAGGCUGUCGAGGUUGAACUUGUUGAAGCCAAGACUGUUGUCUUCAAGGAUGCUGGUGUCAGCGAGUCUGAGGUUACUGUCAUUGCUACCAAGCCUAUUGAGCAUGUCAAGCACGAGACAGUCAAUGUCUGCAAGCCUACCAAGCCUACCACCAAGGACACUACUGUCAUUGUUACCAAGCCCGUUGAAGGUGUUACCGUUGUUGAAGAAGUUAAGAAGCACGCCGAUGUCAUCAUUGUUGAAGAUGUCAAGAAGCAAACUGAUGUUGUCGUCGAAGAGAAGCUUUCUACUGAAGUUAUCGAGACUGUUGAACACAUCGAGGUUGUCACUGACAAGACCAACACCUGGUUCGGUAAGUUAGUUGAGAAGGUCAAUGGCAUGAUUGAAGUUGGUGAAACUCCCGAAGCCGUUGAUGCUGUCAUUGUUGAAGAAAAGGCCAAGCUCCAAGUUGUUCUUGAUAAGUCCAAGAAGGAAUUGCCUGUCUCUGAAACCAAGGAUACUACCACUGAAACCACUGAUUCCAUUGCUUUCUAUGACAAGCUUCAAGUUUCUAUCGAAACUCAAGUCGAAGAGGUUAAGAAGACUGUCAAGGAUAGCUAUGCUCCUGAAUCCGAAGUCACCAAGAUUGAUGUUCAUACUGUCAAGGAAGACUUCAAGAAGGCUGUCGAGGUUGAACUUGUUGAAGCCAAGACUGUUGUCUUCAAGGAUGCUGGUGUUACUGAGUCUGAGGUUACUGUUAUUGCUACCAAGCCUAUUGAGCACGUCAAGCACGAGACAGUUAAUGUCUGUAAGCCUACCAAGCCUGUCACCAAGGACACUACUGUCAUUGUUGCUAAGCCUGUUGAAGGUGUUACGGUUGUUGAAGAGGUUGAGAAACACGCCGAUGUCAUCAUUGUUGAAGAUGUCAAGAAGCAAACAGAUGUUGUCGUCGAAGAGAAGCUUUCUACUGAAGUUAUCGAGACUGUUGAACACAUUGAAGUUGUCACUGACAAGACCAACACCUGGUUCGGUGAUUUAGUUGAGAAGGUUAAUGGCAUGAUUGAAGUUGGUGAAACUCCCGAAGCCGUUGAUGCUGUCAUUGUCGAAGAAAAGGCCAAGCUCCAAGUUGUUCUUGAUAAAUCCAAGAAGGAAUUGCCUGUCUCUGAAACCAAGGAUACUACCACUGAAACCACUGAUUCCAUUGCUUUCUAUGACAAGCUCCAAGUCUCUAUCGAAACUCAAGUCGAAGAGGUUAAAAAGACUGUCAAGGAUAGCUAUGCUCCUGAAUCCGAAGUAACCAAGAUUGAUGUCCACACUGUCAAGGAAGACUUCAAGAAGGCCGUCGAGGUUGAACUUGUUGAAGCCAAGACUGUUGUCUACAAGGAUGCUGGUGUUACUGAGUCUGAGGUUACUGUCAUUGCUACCAAGCCUAUUGAACAUGUCAAGCACGAGACUGUCAAUGUCUGUAAGCCUACUAAGCCUACAACCAAGGACACUACUGUCGUAGUUACCAAGCCUGUCACCAAGGACACUACUGUCAUUGUUGCUAAGCCUGUUGAAGGUGUUACCGUUGUUGAAGAGGUUAAGAAGCAAGCCGAUGUCAUCAUUGUUGAAGAUGUCAAGAAGGAAACUGAUGUUGUCGUCGAAGAGAAGCUUUCUACUGAAGUUAUCGAGACUGUUGAACACAUCGAGGUUGUCACUGACAAGACCAACACUUGGUUUGGUGAUUUAGUUGAGAAGGUUAAUGGCAUGAUUGAAGUUGGUGAAACUCCCGAAGCCGUUGAUGCUGUCAUUGUCGAAGAAAAGGCCAAGCUCCAAGUUGUUCUUGAUAAAUCCAAGAAGGAAUUGCCUGUCUCUGAAACCAAGGAUACUACCACUGAAACCACUGAUUCUAUUGCUUUCUAUGACAAGCUCCAAGUCUCUAUCGAAACUCAAGUCGAAGAGGUUAAAAAGACUGUCAAGGAUAGCUAUGCUCCUGAAUCCGAAGUAACCAAGAUUGAUGUCCACACUGUCAAGGAAGACUUCAAGAAGGCCGUCGAGGUUGAACUUGUUGAAGCCAAGACUGUUGUCUACAAGGAUGCUGGUGUCAGCGAGUCUGAGGUUACUGUCAUUGCUACCAAGCCUAUUGAGCACGUCAAGCACGAGACUGUCAAUGUCUGCAAGCCUACCAAGCCUGUCACCAAGGACACUACUGUCAUUGUUGCUAAGCCUGUUGAAGG